GGGAAAAAGGGGAGAGUUUUUUCUUUUCUUUCUGGGGUGUUUGGUUUUGGAGAAAAUGGGUGAGAAAGAUGAUGAUGGGUUGGGGUUGGGGUUGAGUUUGAGCUUGGGAAUAUUUGGUGGAACUACAACAACAGCAACAACUCACACUACUACUCAUCAACCGGGUUCUUCUUCUUCUUCUUCUCUCAAGUUUAAUCUCAUGCAAAAGCCUUCUUCUUCUUCCAUGCAAUAUCAACAAAAGACUACUAAUACCACCGCCACUCCUUGGAAUGAAAUCUUUCAGCUUUCUGAUCGGAACUCCGACGGCAGGUCGUUCCUCCGGGGGCUCGACGUGAACCUGACACCCUCGUUUGCGGCGGCGGCGGCGGCGGAUUACGAUGAGGAAAACGGCGUGUCGUCUCCGAACAGCACGAUAUCGAGCAUAAGCGGGAAGAAGAGCGAGAGAGAGGCACCGGGAGGAGAGGAGGCCGAGGAGGGAGACAGAGACUCCUGCUCUCGCGGCGGCGGAGGAAGUGAUGACGAAGACGGCGGAAAUGGCGGCGGCGACGCCUCCAGAAAGAAGCUCCGCCUCACCAAGGACCAGUCUCUCAUCCUUGAAGAAACUUUCAAGGAGCACAACACUCUCAACCCGAAGCAAAAGCUGGCGUUGGCUAAGGAACUGAACCUGCGGCCAAGACAAGUGGAGGUGUGGUUUCAGAACAGGAGGGCAAGGACUAAAUUGAAGCAGACAGAAGUGGACUGUGAGUAUCUAAAGAGGUGCUGUGAGAAUCUGACUGAAGAGAACAGGAGGCUGCAAAAGGAAGUGCAAGAGCUUAGAGCAUUAAAGUUGUCCCCACAGCUCUACAUGCACAUGAGCCCUCCCACCACCCUCACAAUGUGCCCUUCAUGUGAGCGUGUGGCGGCCUCGUCGUCGUUGUCCUCUACUGCUGCUGCCGCUCCAAACGGUUCAAACCGGCAGCCCGCCGUUCCCAGCAUCCCACGGCCUGUGCCCAUUAACCCGUGGGCCGCAUUGCCAAUCCCACACCGGCCGUUGGAUACACCUGCCUCUAGGUCCUAAAAUAUGGUGGUGGAUUAACAUUAUCGUGUUGAAAGCAUAAGUAGAGUUUUCAGAGUAGAGAUUUAAUGGGAAAAGGAAUGGUUAAUUAUUAUUAUUUUUUUCAAGGGGGUGUGAUUUUGUUAAUAUUGAAGCCUUGAUUUAGUUUUGGGCUUUUCUAAUGUUAGUGGAGGGUUUGUACUUACGAUGGCAAGCAGGAUAAUUACAAGUGUAACGAAGAGAGACUGAAUCAAUAUCCUUUUUUAUAUUUGUACUACUCGUGAUUCUGUCUGAAAAAUAGCAUUGACGAUUAAUACAUUAUUGGGGUUCCAUUUAAGAAUGCAAUAAUUGUGGUCCAAGCAGUCCUUAUUUUGUGGAUUAUGAUGGGGCAAAUGUUGUCAUUGGUUCUUGAAAAUCUUCUCUCACC